AAGUAUUCAGUGACCACCUUGAGUCAGUUCAGGCCAUGGAGAAGAACCAUGCUACAAUGGCCAGGGAGGUGGAGAAGCUUCGCUUAGUACUUAGUAACACAGCUAAUGUUGACAUGAGAACUGUUGCAAGUGGUCCUUAUGUUGGUGCCACUGGAAACAGUGAGAAUGAGGCUUCUGUUCGACCUGCUGGACAAAAUGUGCAUGAUGAUGGCUAUGGGGUUCCCCAAGGCCAGGGAUAUGCUGCCAUUCCUGGUAACUCUGGUGCUGGUACUGGUGCUGGUGCUUCUGCCAAUGCUAGUACAGUUACUAAUGCUGGCCCUGGUGCUGGGACUCCUACUUAUACUGGAGCUCAAUCCGGCUCUGCAACUACAAAAUCUUCUUAUGAUGCACCCAGAGGCCCUGGUUAUGAGCCAACAAAAGGGGGCCCUGGUUAUGAUGCAUCAAGAGGACCUGGAUAUGAUGUAUCAAGAGGAGCCGGCUAUGAUGCACAAAGGGGACACGGUUAUGAUUCUCAAAGAGGACCUGUAUAUGAUAUGCAGAGAGGACCUACCUAUGAUGCGCAGAGACUACCUGGUUAUGAUGUCCAAAGAGGACCACCUUAUGAUGUGCAACGGGGUCCUCAUUAUGAUGCAUCAAGAGGAGCCGGCUAUGAUGCACAAAGGGGACCACAUGGGCAAAUGGCACCGGUAAACACUGUGUCUUAUGGGUCUGCAACACCAACAGCUCGUGCUGGAAGUGUGUAUGAGGCACCAGCUCGAGGUGGAAACCCUAGAAGAUGAAGGCGAUGCUGUGCAUCUUCUUUCUUAUAUAUUUUUAUUUUCAUUGUCUUGUUGGCCUCUUGAAGCUACAUGUUUACCGGCAAUACUGCAUUCCUCAAGUGCCCUGACCUUCUGACCACAAUCUUGUAGGUUUCUAAUUUUCUUCACAUCACAUGUUGGUAACUCUCUCUCUCUCUCUCUCUCUCUCUCUCUCUCUCUCUCUCUCUAUUUUUUUUAAGUAAAUGCUCCUCUUUCAAUUUUGCUGCUUCAACUUCUUGCCUGUGUAUCUGGUGUAAGUUGAGAGUUUAAGACUGAUUGCAGUCGCAUUCCUUUAAUGGAGUUGGAGAUUAUCUGAAAUAGAAAUUUAAUUUACAGUAAAAUUUCAAUACAAACUUAUUUGUUGCAAUCUAA